CAGGAGGGGGCCACGAUGAGGUCCAGACUUCAGGACCGGCUUGCUAUGCUGGGGUAUCUGAGCAGGCUCAGCGCGCGCGAGAAGUCCGAGAGGAGGAGGACCCUGGCAGAAAGGCAAUCGCUCUGCGGCAUCCCCGAGGCGGUGCAGGUUGCGAUGAAGUCGGCCUUCGAGGAGGCCGCCGCAGAGGAAAAUGGCCGCGUGUGGGCCCCGGCGCAGCUGGUGUCCGCGCUGAAGCGCCUCGGCCUGCGCGGGAAGACGGGCCUGGAGCGCGAGGAGAUCCGGCGCUGCGUGGAAGGCUUCUGCCAGGGAGCCUCGGAGGUGGAGCCGGUGGACCUGGCCACCUUCGCCUUCGAUGUAGUGCCCGCGACGCGGGAAAAGCUCCGCGAGCUCCGACGGGACUCGCUGAAGAGGCAGUUCCAAAUCUUUGACACCGACGACUCGGGGUACCUCAGCAGGCGCGAGUGCGCGGCCAUCUUCGAGUGCUUCUGCGCCUGGGACAUCGACUCAACGGGGUGCAGGACAUGCGUGCCGCCUUCGACCAGAAGGUCAAGGACGUCGAGGCUGUGCUCGAUCGUGUCGACUACGCCGGAUUCGAGGCUGGUAAUCAUCCACGACGCGCACGAGAAAGUGGAGCGCUCCCUCGUGGAGAUGGAGGCGCACGUCGCCGAGACGGAGGGCCUCGACGAGGAGACCGUGCUCUCGCACCGGGACGAGCUCGUGUCCAUGUACGAUUCCUUCUUGCUGGCGUGCGGGGCCAGCAAGAUGAUCACCCUCCCCGCGUGCCACGAUCUCCUCAUCGAGAGGGGCCUGCUCACCGCGCCGGGGCACGGCGAUCGUCGGAUGACCAUGCGCGACCUGCUGGACAUGGGGGUGUUCCAGGUGUCGGUCGACAAGAACAACGAGUUCAUAAGCUUCAAGAAGUUCCUCCACAUAGCCUCGGAGAUUCGUAGCAGGACCGUGCCAGAGAGGCUCGAGACUCUGGAGGCGGUGUUCAAGAAGGCGGACACGAAGCAAAAAGGAUGGAUACAUCUGGGCAAGGUCCAGGCGAUGCUCUGGGAGAUGGGCCUGGCCCCUCGGAGUCUCGAGGAGCAGGCCGAGGUCAGCCGCCUGAUCGUGGAGGUGGACCGGGACAGUAAGAGUGUGAUCGACGUGUCUGGCUUCCAGGACCUGGUGCUGAAGGUCGUCCAGCGCUUCCGGGCGGCCCAGCGCUACAGGCUGCGGAAGCUGCUCGACGGCUGGGGGAUCCCGAAGACUGCCAUCACGGACUUCCGGCACCAGUUCUACACCAUCGACAGCCAGGGCAGCGGCUUCGUCACCGUGCCGGAGCUGUGGAAGGGCGUGGAUACCGGAGUGGUGCCCCUCCGCUGCAAGGACGUGGCCGAGCUGGGCGAGGCGGUGGAACACGUGUGCGGUGUGGGGAUCCUGGGCAUCGAGGAGUACGUCCGGUUCAUGUGCCACAGGUGGUUGGCGGGCGACCGGGGAGACCGCCAUAGGCAGCCCGCCAGGCCGCUCGUUUCAUAGUGCGGAGCACCCCGCCAGGCCACUGGUAAUGAGGCCCCGGCGCCAGCAGGACCCACAUCUUGGUAGGGGCGUGGAGUGUGAUUCUGGCGAGCACCAAUAUAAAGGCUGCUCACGUUUCAGGUGCGUUGUAUUGGCGACUGCGUAUACUAGGCUAAUUGUGUCUUCAGCACACGUUAUCGCGAUUGUGGAUGAUCGCUGGCACCCGCCAUAAUCAAGGUGAUUGCCGGGUUGAGAAUUGCAUUCUCGAAGCAUUGCCCUGGCGCAGAUCCUUCGCGCUGUGGGGCCUCGGGGGUGCUUCGCGCCUUGCGCACGUUCCGAUCUGUCUUCCAGGCCACGCCUUGUUUGUUGAAUUGGCCGAUUGUAGAUUCGCUUGAAUGGCGUCUCUGGCUUGCCUUUAGGUCAUUGUUUGUAAUCGUGGCCAGUUCUCUGGCGUCGACCGUCCAGGCUUGCUCUCUCCUCGUCCUCUUCUCCUGGCACCUUCUGUGCCAGGGGCGAUUUGCUUUCUCUGGGAAGUGAUCGUUGCGUAGUUAGGCUCCGACUAGUUCUGCUCUUGUAGAUGUUUUGCUAGAGUCUCUGCCGAGAAACAUGCACGCUGGCAUGCGGUCACUGCGCAGCAGACGUAUAUGGUAAAUAGUGCCUCCAAGCGUUCGUGGCACUUGCUGUUCGUCUGGGGAGCGCCAGGCCCCUGCAUCGAGCUCAGCAGACCUGCUGUCGUCGAUCCAGUGGCAGCUUGGCGCCGGUGCUGCGAAAAGGAAACGUCACGCAUCGUCC